AUGUUGAAUCUAGAUGAAACAAUUGAAAAUAUCAAACACUGCAAACAUGUUCCUGAAUCAGACGUGGAAGAAUUGUGCACCAAGGUCAUAGAACUACUCAUACAGGAAGCCAACAUUCAGCAUAUUGAUACUCCUGUAACAAUAUGUGGAGAUAUCCAUGGGCAACUUCAUGAUCUUAUCACACUUUUCAAAACUGGUGGUGAAUGCCCCAAUACACAGUACCUUUUCCUUGGAGAUUUUGUAGACCGAGGCUUUUACUCGCUUGAAAGCUUUCUAUUAUUGAUGGCAUUAAAAGUGAGAUAUCCUGAUCGGAUGACUUUAAUACGGGGAAAUCAUGAAAGUAGACAAAUUACUACUGUGUAUGGAUUUUACGAUGAAUGCAUGAGAAAAUAUGGCACUGUCAAUGUAUGGCGAUAUUGUUGUGAGGUAUUUGAUUACUUAAGUCUUGGAGCAAUUGUAGGAGGGAAAGGAGGUGUUUUCUGUAUACAUGGUGGAUUGAGUCCAGAAAUAGAUACAGUAGACCAGAUAAGAAUUCUUGAUAGAAAACAAGAAGUGCCUCAUGAAGGAGGAAUGUGUGAUUUGUUAUGGUCUGAUCCUGAAGAUGUUAAUGGUUGGGCUAUCAGUCCAAGGGGAGCUGGGUUCUUGUUUGGAGAAAACGAAGUUAAUAAAUUUUUGCAUGGUAAUAAUAUAUCGCUAAUUGCAAGAGCACAUCAAUUAGUGAUGGAAGGAUACAAGGAGAUGUUCAAUAGUGGGUUGGUUACAGUUUGGUCGGCGCCUAAUUAUUGCUAUCGAUGCGGUAAUGUUGCGAGCGUAUUAGCAAUAGACGACGAACUAAAUAGAGACUAUAAGGUGUUUGAAGCGAGUACACAGGAUAUUAACGCUAUACCGUCGAAGAAACCAGCAAUUGAUUAUUUCAUAUGA